UUCGCCUCCAGCGACGGCGAUGCACGCACACGCACGCAUGGCCGUGGGCGUGGGGGUGGCCGUGCCGGAGGAAGGGGACUCCGCCGCCGCGGAGCUCGUCGGCGGGGCGGAGGGUGAGGCGCCAUUGGUGGCUGCUGGGAAGGAGCCGCCGCCGCCAGCUGAUGGGUUGCCCGCAGUUGAGGUAGAGGGGAAGGGGGCAGAGCCGCCAAUGGAGGGGGCACCGACGGUGACCACCGUGGAAAGGGCGGAGGAGGCCCACAAGGCCGAGGACAAGAAUGAGGCGGAGGCGGAGGAUGGGGUGCCCGCUGUCCAGGUAGAGGGGAAGGGUGCGGCGGCGCCAUUGGAGGGGGCACCGGCGGUGAUCACCGUGGAAGGGGAGCAGGAGGCCCACAAGGUCGAGGGCAAGAAGGAGGCGGAGCCGGAGCCGGAGGCGAAGGCGGAGGCCGAGGCGGAGGAGGAGGAUGAAGGGGAGAAGUGGCUGGGGCAUUACUCCUCCGGGCAGAGCAUACUGAUCGUCGGCGACGGGGACUUCUCCUUCUCGCUGGCGCUGGCCACCGCGUUCGGCUCCGGCGCCAACCUCGUCGCCACGUCCCUCGACACCUAUGAGGCUCUGAGGGGCAAGUACAGCAAAGCAGAGUCAAAUAUAAUGGAGCUGAAAAGAUUGGGCGCCACGGUUUUGCAUGGUGUUGAUGCGAAAAAAAUGAGGUUUCACACUGACUUGAAGAACAGCAGGUUUGAUCGGAUUGUCUUUAAUUUUCCCCAUGCUGGCUUCAAAGGAAAAGAGGACGACAUGCAUAUGAUGAACUUACACAAGGAGUUGUUGUGGGGCUUUUUCUUCAAUGCACGCCACCUUGUUCGGCGAUACGGUGAAAUCCAUGUUACCCACAAGACAGGGCAUCCAUAUGACAGAUGGGAUCUCGAGCACCUGGCCUCUGGGUCUUCUCUUGCUAUGGUUGAGAAAGUUGCUUUUCGAAAGGAAGACUACCCCGGUUAUAACCAGAAGAGGGGAGAUAGUGCAAGGUGCGACGAACCUUUCGAUCUAGGUGCUUGUUCCACAUUCAAGUUCCAAAUCAGGGACUUGAAGAAGCUGAAGAAAAUGAAUGGACAGAGAGCUGGUUCAAUCCCAAACCUUGGAUGCAGCAACAUCCAUCGGCAACAUUUUCCUCUGCCGGACAACACAGGCAACAUACUGAUGCCCCUGCUGCCUUACAUAGCUGAUCAAAGGCCACAGCCAGGUUUUCCACCGAACUCUGAUGGCAUGGUGAGAGCACCAUAUUUCCCUCAACAUGACAGUUUCCAUCCAAUGGUUACCAUGCCACGGCCAUGGCUGAAUGCUUUGCCCAAUCCAGACGGCAUUAAUCGACAGGUCAGUUUUCAUCCAAUGGUUAGCAUGCCAGGGCCAUGGCCGAAUGCUUUGCCCGAUCAAGGUGACAUUCAUCAACAAGACAGUUUCCAUCCAAUGGUUAGCAUACCAGGGCCAUGGCCGAAUGCUUUGCCACCUCCAGGCGGCGUUCCUCCACCAAUGAGCCGAAUCCCAUGCCCCGAUCUCCAUGCACCUCAUGAGCAGCAUUGGUAUCAACAGAGAACUGUUCCUGAUCAGCUAGGGGGAGACAACUACUUUUCCGCCAGGGAAUACGAAAUGCAGAGGCAAGUGAUGCCUGGAGCAACCGGCUUGAACCAUUCUGCCUUCUUGGGACAUCACCACAUGGACGGGGAGUCUGUUCAGAAGCGAGAGUGGCUGCGCUGGAUGAUUGCACGGUAUGGUAGGCCUUGAAGGAUCAUUGUUUUGGGGCGGGUUGUGGACUACUACUGCUGCUGGUGGUGCAUGCGUAGAUCGCCAGAGUAGACGAGCUGGCCGGCCGUUCAGAACAGAUAGCUACGCCAACUUCGGUGCGACAAGCGUUUUUUUGUUCCAGUUCCAGGCUUGUACAGGUACGGCCAUUUUUUGUGGCAUGACACUGACUACGGCAGCAAAACGAGUUGCUGUUCCUACUUCUGUACUCCUAGCCCUAGGCACUUAGGCGGUCAAGCCUCCUUUUGAAGUGGAGCUGUCUGAAGGGAACUGAUUAGCCUGUUCCCUAUUUUGCAUGGCUGAGUACAAUC